AUGUCGACUCCCCAGGGCGAUGGCGCCGGCGCCGAGGAGCGCGGGAGCCCUCGUGCGAGCCUUGAGAGACGUGACAGUCGGCUCACUCACGCAUCUACCCGACGAUCGCUCGAUCGAUAUGAAACGAGACCUACGCAAGAUGCCGCUGAUGUCAUGGACAUACCCUACGAAAUCCUUAGCGAUGACGCCGAUUUCGCCGAAUAUACCGAGGAGACGGCGACUGGUGUCAUUCCCAAGAGGACGAUCUCGCGGGUCAGUGGGAAAAUGGAAGACCAUGAGUUGGUCACCUUCAAGAUCAACGAUCCGGGGAAUCCGAAGAACUGGACGAAGCCUUACAAAUGGUAUUGUACCAUGGUCGUGGCUUUCACGUGUUUUGUGGUGGCAUUCAACAGUGCCGUCAUCACGGCCGACUUGGAAGGUGUUUCGGAAAGGUUCCAUGUAUCCGCCGAGGUCUCGCUGUUGACCGUCACACUCUUCGUCAUCGGAUUCGGCGUCGGGCCCCUGGCGUUUGCACCGGCAUCAGAGCUUUUCGGCAGAAAGCCAGUCUACAUCAUCACACUUUUUGUCGCUCUCAUCUUCGAGAUCCCCUGCGCGGUCGCGAAGAACAUCGGAACGCUCUUGUCCUGCCGUUUCAUCGAUGGCGUUGCCUUCUCAGCGCCCAUGACGCUCGUCGGUGGUACUCUGGCGGAUCUCUGGAAGAACGAAGAGCGAGGUGUUCCCAUGGCUGUCUUCAGCGCCGCUCCUUUCCUUGGUCCUGCCAUCGGCCCUCUUGCCGGUGGUUUCUUGGGUGACGCCGCCGGAUGGAGAUGGCUAUACUGGCUCCAACUGAUCCUCUCUGGAAUCUGCUGGAUUGUCUUGACUUUCACUGUCCCCGAGACGUACGCGGCCGCCAUCCUCGACAAGCGGGCGAAGAAGAUGCGCAAGGACACUGGAGACCAACGAUACGUGACCGAGAAGGACAUUGAUGCCAAGCCCAUGAGCCAACAACUCCGCAUCUUCCUGUUCCGACCUAUCCAGCUGCUCUGCCUCGAACCCAUCGUCCUCUUGAUCUCGCUGUACAUGGCCGUUCUUUAUGGUCUGCUGUACAUGUUCUUCGUGGCCUAUCCCAUUAUCUACGUUGAUGGAAAGGGAUGGUCGGAAGGCAUGACCGGAUUGAUGUUCAUUCCACUGGCCAUUGGUGUGGUUCUCUCCGCCGCCUGCUCGCCUUUGGUCAACAAACACUAUCUCACCCUCUGUGCGAAAGCCCCCAACGGAAGACCGCCCGCAGAAGCCCGUCUGAUCCCCAUGAUGAUUUCUUGUUGGCUUAUCCCGGUCGGAUUGUUCAUCUUCGGUUGGACUUCUUACUCUGACAUCUCAUAUUGGGGUCCCAUGAUGGGUGGUUUCCCGGUCGGGUUCGGAUUCAUCUUCCUCUACAACUCCGCCAACAACUACCUUGUCGACACCUACCAGCACCAGGCUGCCUCGGCGCUCGCUGCCAAGACUUGCAUCCGAAGUUUCUGGGGUGCUGGGUCCGUCCUCUUCACGACACAGAUGUACAACACUUUGGGCUACCAGUGGGCCAGUUCGCUUCUGGCCUUCAUCGCCCUGGCAUGCUGCUUGAUUCCCUAUGUCUUCUACUUCAAGGGUGCCGCCAUCCGAAAGCUUUCCCGGUUUGCUUUCCAUGAGGAGGGUGAAGAUGAGGUUCCCGCAGGCGAGAAAAAGGUGUGA